AUGUUCAUAAAGACCAAAAUAUCUGCUGGAAUUAGGGGUUCUAUCGAGCAAUACGACAAUGUUCGAGAAUUGCUGAAGGCAAUUGAUGAUCAAUUUGUGACAUCAGACAAGGCAUUAGCAAGCACCCUAAUUAUGCAGUUCUCAUCCAUGAAGCUCACCGGGAUUAGAGGCGUGCGUGAUCAUAUCAUGCGCAUGAGAGAUAUAGCGGCUCAACUAGAAGUGUUGGAAGUUGAGAUGUCAGAUACUUUCCUGGUUCACUUCAUUCUGUGCACUCUGCCCCAGCAAUAUGGUCCCUUUAAGAUCUCUUAUAACACACAUAAGGACAAAUGGUCAAUUAAUGAACUGUUGACCAUGUGUGUUCAAGAGGAGGGAAGGUUAGCAAUGGAAGAGGGUAAGAAGGUGAAUUUGACAGUUCCUGGAAAGAAAAAGGAUCAAGCCAAACAAAAGGGAAAGGGCAAGAUUCCUCCCCAGUCGGACAUCAAGAAGGAGUUAAAGUGCUUCUUUUGCAAAAAGAAGGGGCACAUAAAGAAAAAUUGCUCCAAGUUCAAAAACUGGCUUGACAAGAAAGGAAUUACACGACCUGCGGAAGCCAGUGGGAAGUGA